CGAUUUUUUUCGCAGUUGAAAAAAAAAAUCAACAGUGUUAGAGUAUAAAUGUUACGGGAUUGUGUAUUGUUUGCAUUUGAAACAUUUGUUCCGGUGAGUUCCUGUGGUGUCUAGGCCAGCUUUUGCGCACAUGGGAUACUUGCCAUCUCCCAGGUUCUAGGUUUUAGCAUCAGAUUACCAAGAAGCUGACAACUAAGUUUCUGCUCACUCUGCAACAUGGCAUCUGGACUUGGGCUUGAGUCUCUUGUUGAUCAAACUAUCUCAGUUAUUACAAAUGAUGGACGGAAUAUUGUGGGAGUUCUGAGAGGAUUCGACCAGGCUACAAACUUGAUUCUUGAUGAAUCUCAUGAGAGAGUAUAUUCAACAAAGGAAGGUGUACAGCAACUUGUGUUAGGUCUUUAUAUCAUAAGGGGGGACAACAUAAGCGUCGUUGGGGAAUUAGAUGAAGAUCUUGAUAGUAACUUGGAUAUGUCAAAACUGAGAGCACAUCCUCUAAAGCCAGUCGUUCACUGACCUGCAACUUGGUGUGAGCCUUGUAAUCCUGUGAACGGAUGGAUGGAUCAAACAUCAGUUUAGUUGAAAGACUUUGGUACAACUAUCAAAUGAAAACUUCAGACAUGUUAUGUAGCUAGGAACACAAACUGUUAUAGUUCGUUAGUCGUCGUUAUAUGUCUUAUAAGUUUCCCUUUCUGAUAUUGGCUUGCGAAAGAUUUUGAACCCAAGUAGAUGAAACAUUUGUUUGGUUGACGAACUUUUGUAUAACUAUCAUAUUAAAACUGCAGGCAUGUUUCCGUGUCUAAGAGCACAAGCUGUUUUAGUUUA